AUGGAUCCUGCACCUCCCGAUACCAAACGCCCACGCCUCUCUUCGUGGCCGGCCGGCACACCUCAACAAGGAGUAUCACUACCGCAUCCUCACCCUCAUCACGCCCAUCCGAACCAGCUUCCACCACCGCCGCCGCCGCCUCCUCCCGGCGCCCUACAUCACCCUGGGACGAGCCCGUAUCAACAUUAUCCUCCUCGAUCUGCCGAACACUCAUCAGCGCCGCCGACGCCUGCUCAUACUGCGCCAGCGCAACCGCAUCCCGACGCCGAUCGUCGCCAUCAUGAACAAGAGCCUUACCCUCCUGUCCAAGACUAUCACCGGCAACAACAGCAGCAGCAACAGCAGCAACAUCCGCCUCCGCAUCAGCCCCCUCCGUCGCCGGCGCAUCCAGCGCAUCAGCCGUACCCGCCGUACGGUUCCCGAGAUCCUCCCAUAAAACGGGAUCCUGGUGAGGAUCAACGCCGGCCCAACUCGACGGGCCAUGCGCCCGAGGGGAUGCCAUCGACACCACAUCUCCCACCGACCUCUCACCCACCACCUCCUCCCCCUCCUGGCAGCUAUCCCGACAAUCCACCACGACACAUGAAUUACGAAAGUGCGCCUUCGAUGCCCCCGACACCGGGUGGCUAUCGUGCUCCUAGCUUCCCCCCGCCGACUCCCGUCCCUCACCAACCAUCGUACGAGCAACAUGGAGGAUAUCCCUCCGGCCACGAGCCGUUCUAUAGCGUCUACUCGUCAUCCGUACCAGCCAAGAAGAAGAACACGCGGGCAUCUCAGGCGUGUGACAGCUGCAGGCAGCUCAAGGCCAAGUGUGAUGAGACCAAGCCAUGCAAGACAUGCAAGGAAAAGGGUGUGGAGUGCAAAUACCGAGAUCCGGUACCCAAAGCAACGGACAAGGCCCAAGCCGACAUUCUGGAGGGGCUCACAGCUGUGCAGAGCUCCCUGAGCACCAUUAUGAGCCAAAUCGGACGAUUCGACCAGAGGCUGGUUAAAAUGGAAUCCCUCUUGCCGAAGCAUGCCCCGACAUUGGAAUUGAAGACCGAACCUGCGACAGAUGACGAUUUCAAGCGCGCUCCAGCAUCCCCUUACGUUUCGAAUGGCGCUUCUGCUGAGACCUAUUACCCGAAUGAACCACACCGUGAUCAUCCAUCAGCGGAGCCCAUUCCUCUUCGCAUGAUGGCUGAGGAUGAGAUGGAAGUUGAACCUGGUCCACCAGUCCCCCCUGGAGAACCUGCCAUUCCGAUCAACCACACGACUCUUGCGGGCCUACUCCUGGAAUGGCCGUCGAUUCGUGAGCUAACAAAGCAUCAUCUCGAGCAGGAAGGGAUUCGGUACAUCAGCGAGUAUCCUAUCAGCCAAGAGCAGAACCGAGGUGUCUUGAUCGUAUAUGGACGCGGCGAAGAUUCUCACCCUUCACGGCAUAUCCGAGAGCCCGCUGACCAUGGAAACCUGGAUAUGGCCGACGAUUCAUCAGACAUGGCGUCUCCUUCUCCAGCGGCUGACUGGGGACAACUCGGUGGCUUGAGCCCCCCCGAUCAGGUGGAGUACAAGGGUGGUGUUUUGGCGUUCGAUGGAAACCCCGACUUCUCGGAGACGAAGGUGUGGUCAUACGUGGAGAGUUUCAAGGACAACAUCCUGAACAUGCACCCGAUCAUCCAGCCAAAGCUCCUAGAUUACUGGGUUCGACAUUUUCUGGAUACUCUUCCUGCAGCGCAUCCACGAUCAGCAAAGCCGCAGACGUCGAAGCCCGCUUUUGCCGUUGGGGGAGGUUCGCAGACGCCCGAGACUACGGGCUCAAAGCGGAAGCGAUCGCCAGGGCCGGAUGGGUCCGAGCCACCCACACCCGCGCCGCCCCGUGCCGGCCGGCCGGAUCGGUCCAUCCACAGCGCUUUAGUUCUUACGGUGCUGGCUUUGGGUAAGAUCUGUCUGUAUCGUGACAACGUGCCCGACGUGGUGCACUCGACAGAACCGCUUCCUCACGGCAGCCCUGCCAUCCGUAAUGGCGCUGUUCCUCCUUCGCCGAACCAAGGCUCCCCUCCUGGAUUCUCGUCGCAUUCGCAUUCAUCAGGACUCCCGUCGCCGAAGGAGCAGGACAGGAAUAUUCAUAGCCGCCGGUCUUCGAUUCACGGCGUGAGUGGCUUCCGCUCUGGAUUUAGCCUGAAGAAGAACUACGAAGUAAUUCCAGGUCUGGAGUAUUUUGCCUAUGCCACGGAUAUCCUUGGCAACCACACAGGUGCCUACAACAACAUGAAGAAUGUGUACGCCAACAUUUUUGCGGGGUUGUACCAUGGACAGUUGGGAAGGCCCAUGGAGAGCUUUGCCUUUAUCCACAAGGCGAGCCACAAGCUCCAGGUCAUCAUGAGACCGAGUCUGGACAAGAUGCGACGAAUCAAGCGGAAUAGCGAGUUCAUUCAGGAAACCAAGUACAACCAGCUCGCCCUGACGUUCUGGACCUGUCUCCAGCUUGAGAGUGAUCUCAUCGCCGAGAUGCAGCUUCCGCCAUCGGGUCUUCUCUCGUAUGAAGACGAUAUGCCUCAUCCUAACAUGAGUCUUCUCGAAGGUUAUGACCAGCGUAUCCUAGACAGCUACCCCGGUCAGCUGUAUCUCCGAACACACCUCAACAGCAUCCACCGGAUGUUCUACGCCCCCGAGGACCCAACCAAGGCCGGCAAGGACAAGUUUAGAAACGUCGGGGUUGUGUCUGACGCCGUCUCGGGGAUGCACUGGGUGGCUCCCAGCUUUGCGUUCCGGGAGGAUGAUCCUCCAGCGGACGACAUCCUAGCGGCAAGGCUGCGGGCUAAGUAUUGGGGUGCGCAGGUCAUCACAUAUCGACCAUUUAUCCGACAGAUCCUGCAGUUCUCGCACUCGAUCAAGAACCAUGCAUCGAGCCCCAACUUCCCCAACGUCACGUCCGAGUUUCGACAGGAUAUUACGGCACCCGUGAUCCACCCGAAGGCCAGGACACACGGCGAUAUUGACCCGCAGGUGGUGGAAUUGGCUAAGAAGGGCAUCAAGGCGCUGAUUGAGAGCACACGGGCCUUCCACGGUCUGGGUGAAAAGCGACCCAUCAUCACCAAUGUGUUUGGUACAGCGCAUGCGCAAUGGGGCAACCUACUGGUUCUGUCGGCGGCAUUCAAGGACCCAGUCCUCCAUUCGUACGUGGACGAGGAAUUGCUGCGAACGCUGUUCCACAAGACGAUUCAGUUCCUUCGACAAUCGGCAACAGCGACGAGCUCACUGAGGACGGAUAUGCAUAUCCUCGAAGGCCUUCAGCGAGACCUCUUUAUGUACCCCGACCCGAGGACGACAUCGAGCUUCUCGAGUGGCACGAGUGCACCGGGCUACCACACGCCCCGGCCAGUUGCGAUGGCUGCACCGCCGCAGGUGCCUCACCACAUGAACGACCAGGUUCUUCCACGACCCAUGCCUCACCAUCUGCAGCAGAUGAGUUCAUCGCACGGGCAGUGA